GCAGAGGCAGAGCUCUAAGGUUCAAAUGUUCCUYACUGAAUUAUCAGUUGGCUUCUGUGAUCCGCUGCUGAGGCUUUGUGCCUGUGUGCAGUGCUGCUUCUUGUUGUUUUUGUGCUAAUGGCGUGUGUCAGGAUCAGGGGCAGUGGAACUGUGAUAUGUUUGGGACUUUUAGUGUUUGUCACCUCACUUUGCCACUGUACAAAAAUGACCAGGCUUAAGGCGCUGGAUGAAAGACGAGGAAACGCUGCGCGAACCCAGAGUCAGGCUGGAAGAAGUCAUCAGCACCAUGGAAAACUCAUAAUUGGACAAAACUCCCAGCAAGCUGUCAAACUGAACGGGACCAACUCCACAGAGAGUGUGCUGGAUGUAGCAGGGUACCAGGCAGAUAUGGGCUGGUGGCAGACAAAGAGGCUACAUGACCACAAUGACUGGCCGAAGUCGGACGCUGAGGCGACACAACGCCUCCUUGAAUCGGAGUCGAAGGUUGAAUGCACACGAAGCUCCAUGAAGCUUCUCGUUGAUGACGCUGCCUUCACUCCUGCAGCUCUCAUCUUUGUGGACAGAGGUCACUUGUCUCCUUUGUCUCUGGCCAAGUUACCCUCCAGCUGUGGCUACACCAUCAGGUCAACUCAAAACAGCUUGGUCCUGGUGGCUCCUUACGAUGGUUGCUUCAUCGUCAUCGAAGAUAACAGCUACGUUCUUCCACUGCGCUGGUGGGGCCUCCCGGUGAAGAUGUCCUGUCCGAUGAUUGAGCAGGUGUCCUCCAGCCCUCCGAUGGUCACCUGCCAUGCUGAGGGCAUGUUGGUACAAACUGAGUGGACCAGCUCUGCCUCUGACAUAAAAGCAAACGUGGAAGGAAACUGGGAGUCUUUAUUGACAGCUGCACACAGAUGUGCAUUUGGAGUGGUUGAACAUCCUGAAGGCGUAGUAAUCUCUGUUCGCUACACCCCCUGCCUGAAAAAAAAGGAUGGAUUUUACACCCUUGAACUUGCUGCAGAUAAAGAAACAAAGAUUUCUUGUCCGUCACUGUUGGCAUCUCAUAUCAAAGACCUCCCAAAUGGUCCUGUACAGCAGAGUGAAAAGCCAAGUGGCUGGAUGUCUCCCCUCACCCCAAAUUCUCAUUUAACUCCUCGUUCUGGGGAAACGGGAUCUCAGAUCCCAGAUUUUCUUCAGAGCCCAGAAAUUCCCAGUAAACCAAAACAGGUCCCAAAAGGAUAUGAUCCCCUUCUUUCAUAUAGUUUCUUUCACCCUUACUCUACCAAUCCUGAGACCACCCUAACUAAACAGCCACAUAUCACUAUGCCUGUAAGAUCUGCAGUCCCCCAAAAUACAGAAAAAGAUCCCCAACAUUUUCCUUUUUAUCAACCAUCUGUUGUACUGCCAACAUGGUCACCAGUGACUAAAUCACCACAACCUAAAGAUGAGGUGGAUCUGCUUCAAUAUCUGUUGAAUCGUCCACCCAAGUUUCCUCAGAAACCCACGGAGCCACCUUCAAGCUACCCAAAGGGUCAAGAACAAAGACGUCUUGAUCCACCUUAUGAUACACAAACGUCCCCUCCAACACUGCCAUCUUAUCCUCUUUAUCUUGAAAAAGUACCUGAGAAACCUGGGAAGCUUAAUCCCUCGGUGUCUAGAAAACUCCAAGAUGUUGAAAACCUGCCAGUCUACCUCGUCUGCACCCAACAGGCACUCCCUCCUAAAGAUGCUGGUGCUUCUCAGGGUCAUUUAUCCCAAUCAUUCUAUCUCUUGUGUACCCAGCUGAAACUAGCCUUAAAUACAGCUUCACAACAGCCACAGCCUGAAAUUUCUCAGAGCCAGCAGUACCAUCCAUUUUUCCUUUCAUGCACACAACAGUCACAAGUUUCAGACCCCACAAUGUCUCGAGCCUCCCACCCUGAAAGCUCUCCAGGUCAAAUAUACCAACCAUUUUACCUCUCCUGUGCCCAAUUGAGGCCAUCGUCACAACCCACUGGUGUUGCAUGGCCACUACAACAUGAAGCAACCCAAAGCCAUCGAUAUCAAGCAUUCUUUCCUUACUACAUACAGUCCACUUCAAAACCAGCUGUUACUCCUGUAACUCAAGGCCAAGCAUACCAACAGCUUUUUCCCAUAAAUACCCAAUCAAAGUCACCUCAGCAACCUGUUACUAAGUCACAACAACCUGUAAUCCCUCAAGGCCAAUUGAACCACCAGUUCUUCCAUUUUUUUACUCGACCAAAUCCAAAGCCCACUGACAUUACCCAGCCACCACUACCUGCAACCCCUCAAAGUCAAUACCAGCCUUUAUUUGACUCUCUUACACAACAAAAGCUAAGUCCAAAGCCUGAUUACAUUACUGAGUCUCUACAACCUGCAACCCCUGAAGACCAAGUGUACCAGCCAAUUUAUCACUUCUUCUCCCAACAAAAGCAAAGUCCAAAACCAGCAGUAACACUGCCACCAAAUCCUGCAAGCACUCAAGGCCAAAUAUUCCAGUCUUUAUGGGGCUACUUCAGCAAACUACAGCCAACUCCAAAACCUGCAACCCCACAAGGCCAAGUACGCCAACCUUUAUUGGAAUACAACCCACUACAGCCAAGUCCGAAACCUGAAACCCCUCAAGGCCAAGUAUACCAACCUUUAUUGGAAUACUUCAACCGACCACAGCCAAGUCCGAAACCUGAAACCCCUCAAGGCCAAGUAUACCGACCUUUAUUGGAAUACUUCAACCGACCACAGCCAAGUCCAAAACCUGCAGUAACUCUGCCACCAAAACAUGCAACUCUACAAGGCCAAGUACACCAGCCUCUAUUAGACUUCUUAAGCAAACUACAGCCAACUCCAAAACCUGCAACCCCACAAGGCCAAGUAUUCCAACCUUUGUUAGAUUACCUGACCCAACAAAAGCAAACUCUAAAACCUGCUGCUACUCAACCACCACAGCCUUCAACCCCUCAGAGCCCAGUAUAUGAGCAGUCAUUCCACUUUCCUUCCAUUGCAAAGCCCAGAGUUUCUCAGCUGCCACAAACAGACAUCUCUCAAGGUCAUGUUUACCAGCCAUUCCAUCACCGGCAAAAGCCUGAACCUCAAUUGGACUUAAAGCCUUCCAAUCCACAUCCUCGUAGUCAAAUCGACCAGUCCUACCUUUACCAAUCGUACACACAACCAAUGUUGGAUAAAAAGCCCACACAUGUUCUGCAGCCAUCACAACCAACAAUCCUUCAAGGUCAAGCACACAAACAAAUGUGCUUAUACAAUCAACUGAUGACCGAAAGCCAGCUAGCAAAAAUUCCAUCUGAAACUAUUCUUGGAAAAGUAUAUGGACCUUGUCAGCUACCAUUGAAAGCAGGUGCCCAGACAUCCUCAUUCCUGAACCCCAGUUUACACGUUCAGCCUGCAUACUGUCCUCAGUCUUGCCCACCAGGACUUACAAACUGUUGUCUACAAAUUGCAUUUCAUCACCACCUUCAUAUUUCACCUGGACAAGACAGUGAAGAUGUCCCUCAGUUUUAUGAGAGUCAGCCAUUUUCUCAGACUACGUAUCCUGAUGUUGGCAGUGGCUUAGAGAGCGGCCCUGUUCCUCAACAGCUUUCAGAAGCAGCAAUAUUGCAGUCUUUAAGAGACCAUAACUCUGCUCAUUUUUCACCCCUCUGGGCCCCUUUGAAUGCAGGUCAAAAGCAAGAAUAUUUCCAACCACCAGAUGGCAAUCCUGCUGCACUACCAAGAAGUAGUAACAUUAAGACUGCAAAUCAAUUACCAUUUUACCCUUAUUUUGUAGCAGGUUCUUCAAACCCCCAAUGGUCACCACCCCAACAUUAUGGGCUGCUAAAUUUGGAACAAAGGGAAUCUGAAGGUUCCAAUGACCCUUCUGAACAUUGGGCUUCAGGUGGUAGAUGGUUGGAGCCAGUGGAGCAAAGGGAGCCAUUUAACGUUCAUUUUCCUCAACAGCGAAAAGGCCACUUUAUAGCUGGAAAUGUCCACUCCAGCCCUGACUUCAUGUCUUACAUCAACCAACACAGCUCAUAUACUACAGGAGAACAAAGUGAACCUGAUAUUGAGCAAUCAUUGCAUCAAUCUGAGUUUAAAAGUUCAACACACAACUUAAAACGUGCUGUUGACCAAUUCUUCUAUCCUCACUACAUGCCCAGAGAUGCUCCCAACUCCAAUCAAAACAAAUCUGAAGCUUCCAACGACUCUGGAGAACAGCUUUACCAGAAUAACUCCACCAAACCGAAACAAUCCCUGAGUCCUCCAUCAGUACCCCAGGGAUAUGUACUGCUACAACAUGGUCCUCCGGGUAAGAAACCUGUCYGUUUGAGUGACCACCCAGUGGAUCUCAAAAACCUGGUUAAUGGUGCAGACUCUAAAAUAAGUCUUCCUGAGCAUCAAAGUACUAAUGAGAAUUUGGAGCCCUUGCAGGAAGAAAGCCAAGUGUUCACAAGUCCAGAGGAAGAAUUAUCAAAUCCUGUACUUGAUGUCGACUACAAACAGAUGCUUGACGACAAAUUGGAUGUGCCACUGUUUUCUUCUGACGUGGAUGACUCUGACUUGGUAUAUUUUCCCCAUGAACAAUAUUUCAGUGCCAUACAAUUGAAGCCAGAAAUUCUUGAGUCAUUUGAAGAGCUCUGGAAAUCCAUGACACCUUCAGACUCCAGCAAGUCAUUUGCAGCACAUGUUCUGACUAAAAGGACAUCUGCAGCAGACCAGAAAGCUGAAGGUAUGAACAGACCCCUCAAGACAGAAACUGGAAUUCAGAACAGGAAAGGAGCAGACUUUAAAUAAAAACAAAAACCUCAAACUCUUCAGGCUUGUGCUUUAAAAUGUUGGUGUUGCAGAAUUUUAGUCAGGACUUGUACUGUCUACUUUUGGCUGUAAGUAUGGACUUUCUCAAAAUUUGCCAUUUUUCUUUUGAAAUUCGUUGGCCAAUAAAUCCUUUUUAAAACUGGG